AUGGCCCGAACGGUUUUCCGACUAAGACUGCGACCAGCUGCGGGCUCGCGUCCCGCAGACCUCUUUAACAAAAUCCUCCAAUCGCGAGAGCAAAUCGCCCCUGAGCAGCGCUUCCAAUGCGAGAUAGGCAAUUCCGGCAUUUUGGCCGAACAAGUCGACGAAAGCACAGUCGUCCUUCUAUCAGAUGGGUUUAGUAGUGCUUUGGAUCCUGAGAUUGAUGGCCCGCUGGAGCACUACACGGAUGACAACCACAUGUGCAAUCUGGGUUCAGGAAUCGAGGAACACCGCGCCUGGAAGACUAUCCGUGUGUAUGAAAUUAUUGGAAUCAUCCACAUCUUGUGA